AUGGAUAGGUCAUCAUGGUAUUCAUUGGUAGAAACUCAUCAACUGGCAAAUCAAGCGGAUAAGAAGACACUAGUAACAUCAUCAAACAGCAAUACAACUUACAUUGCUGCUGCUGCUAUUAGUGUUGGUGCAGUCUAUACUUCUUAUUGGUGUAUCUGUAGCCGUAAGUAUCCAGAGUUGAUAACUGAUGAUAUUAUCAACUUUUUACUGAUUCUAUUCUAUUUAAUUCUACACCUCACCAAUCAAUCAAUCAAGGAUGUACCAACAACUCUUCAUGCAUUUACAUUUGAUGAUGGUGAUAAGUCGUACAAUGCUAUCAACAUAUCAAAUGGAGCUAUGCUUGUUAACAAUGAUUUACCGAUUGAUCUUAAUAAGGUUCUCAUUAUUGGUGUUGUUCCACCAUUGUCUGCCAAUGAUGACUUUCUGACCGUCGGUGGCAAAAUGGUUAAUAUCGCUGGUUUUAAUCCAAUCCUUUGGUCAUAUAAUGUACAGAUUGCAUCCUAUGACUAUACAAACAAUAUAGCAUACUUGAAUAUCCAAACGGAAACUGGUCCAUCCUCGUUCAGUGUUGAUAAAGUAAUGGAUUUACCAUUAUCAGAUAUAGGAUUAUACUUACAAUCAUCGUACAAUCAAUCAAGUGGUACAUGUUAUCUGAGUGGAACAGUUUUGCCAAAACACCAAAAAACAAAUGGUCAGAUGUUGGUUGCCAGCUUUGACACGCAGUCUGGAGAAAUGUCAUCGGACACUAUUAAAUUUGAUGUUCCAGAUGAUAGUUGUACAUACUUUGCAACGAUGUAUCAAUACGACUCUAAUUUCUAUGCUGCACUCUAUCGUCUUGAUGGCCAAUGUCCAAGCUACAUCUUUCAAGUCGAUAUUGUCGCCAACACUUCAACAUUACUGGUCACCAUUCCAUAUGAUGGCAGCUCUCCAUUCAGUAAUUAUAUGAAUUUUGUACUAGAUUCUGUAAAUGGUUAUCUAUCGUUGUUUACCAAUUUUGAAGCGAAAAAUAUGGUCAGAGUUAAUUUGUUCAAUCUCAAUACCUAUGAGCUUACCCAAUAUGCUGUACCCAGAACUAUAAGUACAUUCACAUCCGAUCUGUUAUUGUCUCUAUCCUAG